AUGGCUGGUGAUCCAAAUGACAAUGACAGAUACAAAAUAGUCUUGUCUGAUGGCACGCAUAUGCAGUUGGCCAUUUUGUCACCCAAGUAUGCUGACUUAUUGCAUGCGGAGAUGUUGAAGAUAGGUUCUGUUCUUUUGUUGACAAACUAUGCUUGUCGAUAUGUUUGGAACACAAGAGAGAUUUUUGUAAUUCAUAGAAAGGAUGGCUCUACUGUAAACAAGAGAAUAGUAAAAAUAAAUGAUAUGUCAUCUUUGACAAUUGAUGUUAACCUUUGGGGACCGCCAUCAGAACAACUAGGCAAUGACUUGAAGAAUAUGCAUGCAUCUGGAACAUUUGUCAUCCUUGCUGUUCAAAAUGCAAGGAUUGGUUAUUUCAAUGGAAAAGUUAUUAAUAUUUCAGCCUCAGCAACUUUCAAAAUUAACCCUUCCAUUCCUGAAGCAGACCCCCUCCAUUUAAGAGGCUCUGUCCAACAAUGCCUUGAUUCACACUCUUUGGGUGUGCUUGCCAAAAAAAACCAGUAUCAAAGAAUGUCAAUUGCAUCCAUCCUACAACGUCUUAGCGUUGUGCCAGAAACCAUUGAGACUACUAUUACAGUUGUCUUGCGAUUCAUUAAGGAGGACCAGUUUUAUUAUACAACUUGCCCAUUACAUUUCAACGGUAAAGAAUGUAAAACGAAAUGUAGUAAAUUAGUUGAGAAUUUGUGGCUCUGCCCUAGGUGUCAAACACAAUUCCCUGAAUGUAAUUACAAAUACCUCCUACAGAUGAAACUACAAGAUCAAAUAGGAACUGUUUGGGCUAAUGCAUUUGAUGAGGCUUUCUUGCCUGCAGUUCAGACUUUAAAGUCCGAACUGCAGGUGGUCUUUGCCUGCAGUUCAGACUUUAAAGUCCGAACUGCAGGUGGUUUUUCCGAAGGUUUCAUGUCAGACUUUAAAGUCCGACAUGCAAGUUUUCCUAUCUGCAUGUCGGACUUUAAAGUCUGA